AUGGUUGAGGAUAAAAAGACAGUGACAAUAAGAAAGAAGAGAAAGUAUUCAAAAUUAGGAUGUAAUGAAUGUAAGAAACGCAAAGUGAAAUGCGAUGAACAGAAGCCAGAGUGCUGGCAAUGCUCUCAUCUGGGUAAGAAAUGUGUUUAUGACCAACCAUCUAAUGGACCUCCAUACAAGUCAGUUAAAUUUAUUAAUGCAUCAAGUGAAGACAUUUAUUCGAUUCAGUCAAUAUAUGGUCCUAAUACCAAUGAUAACGAUAAUGCUGAUCAUGGAUAUGAAGCACAAGAAUUCUCAAAUAAUAAUAGAGCGCCUCCAAUCCAAAACGAAACACUAGCACUUGAUAGUCAAUUUUCAGAUGGAGAUUUUGCAUCAGUCCUCAAUGAGGCUACCGAAUUGGCCAAUGAGUUAGUCACCAGUAUGGUGGAUCCACCUCCGAUGGAUACUACACUCACUGGUGAACAUAUUCCUCAGAUGCUGGGUGCUCAAAAUUCUAGUACUAGUUGGGAAAACAUAUCCAAGGAGUUAUUUAUGUUAUCAGAAUUAGAAUUAUAUUAUUCAAGAGUAUUUUACCAUAAAGUUUCAUUUUGGAUAAUGCCAUUUGCUCCUUCACCAAGUAAAAACAUUUGCAAUGAAGUGUUAUUCGAUUUGUUGGUUAAAAUUAAUAGACAAGAUAGUACUCAGUCUUCAUGCUUACAAAGUGCGAUGGUUUCCAUUAGCGCCAAAUACCUUUACAAUACAACAAAACUAAAGGAACAUGAUGCAGUUAGGUGUGCUUUCCUAAAGAAAACAAUUACACAAUUAACCUCAGAAUUUGAUUCAAUGCCGCAUGAUUACCUACUAGAAUUAAAAAUUGAAAGUUUGAUCAUAUGUGUCUUAUUGCUGACUUUAGAUAGUUCAAGCUUUAAGACUAAUGAAAUGAGAAUUCAUUUACAUGGAGCAAGUGUCUUGCUGCGUAAAUACGAAGGACUUACAGAACAAGGUACAAGUGCAUUCGAUGAUAUUAUGAAAAAGAAAUGUUUAUUACUAGCAAAGGCAUGGUUUUGCACUACGGAGACAAUAGCGUUUAUUUCACUAGUAGGGACGGUUUCAGAAGAAUGUGUUAUCGAUGAUAUGUUCACAUUGGGUCUUCACUCUGCAGAUGAAUCAAUGUUAAAGCAGAUGGGCAUCUUAUAUCCCAAUGGUUAUAACAUUUUUCUUGGUCAUUCCGGCGAAGUAAUGGAUCAAUUGAAAUUGAUUAUGAAAUCUUUUGUGAGCCCAACUGCUGUGGAUCCAUAUAAUGACAAAUUCUUCCAACUGAUGAUGUACACUGAUGCAGCUAGAAAAUUUAAAUUUGUCGAUAACGAAUUUGCAAAAAUUAGAAUUGGAGGGGAAUUUUUAUCAUCAUACCAUGAAUCAUGUUACGUUACUCAUAAGAACGAAAUUUAUUCAGUUUUCGAUGCCAUGCAGCAAGGUAUAGUGGAAUGGGCGUUCAUCUUUUUCUGUAUGAUUUAUUUGAAAUUAUCGAUGCAUUGUGCUAUGAUUCAAAAUAGUUCCAAAAGAAUUUGGGAUUUCAUCUCAUGGAUAUUUAAAGAUGAUGAAUUGGAUAUCUUAGAAAUUAACAAAUUAAUGGAUGAAAUAGAGUCGGGAAUGCUGCUUACUUACGAUCAACUCUCUUCAAGACGCUUAAAUUUAGCAUCAAAAUUUAUUAUCCCAGAAAUGCUUUUUGAUUUUAGAGGUAUGAUGUUUCAACCAAUGUUCCUGAUAUGCGCAACCGUGUUGCAAAUGGAAGAUAUCGUUUUACUUCGAAUAAUGCGAAUAAAAGUCUUAGCAUUCUGCGAAUGUCUCAUAGAAAAUAUAGGAGCAGAAAGUGGUAAAUCCUCUGUGGAACUUUUAUUUAAAAGAUGGCGCCUUCUGAAAGAGGGUAAAAAUUUAAACGCAGAGGACUGCUUGAAGAACGAUGGCGCUCUGCCAUUCUCAUGA